UGUAGGCCGGAUUCAUAGAGCUACAUGAACGCGCGCUGUCGCUGUGGUGUCCGUUGUUGUCUGUUGGUAUUGUCCAUGAUCUAUUAUUGGACGGCAGCGCUUGAUGAAUCCCAUUUGCCUCGCUUCUCUUUGGUGUAUUUUAACUCUCAUAACAUAGAGCAACACGGCCGAUGCGGCCAGUCUCAUAAAUAAUCACUACUUUGAGGUUGAUGGCCUUUCGAGUAAAUAUCGCAAGAACAUAAAUUGAUAUGGAUUUAUUUUUACAUAGCAAAAUGGUAGGUACGUCAUUUUGCAUAAUUUAAUUCCAUUUUUUAAUUUUUAGAAAUAUAUUCUGAGAUUAUAACAUCACUCUGUUUUUAUUUAUUUCUUUAUGACAUCAUUUGUCAAAAAGUCAGUUUAGUUUUUGCGAAUAAAAAUUAUUUGACUUGGAAAAUGUCACGAAAUCCGAUUUUGAAUAUACUCAAUCGAUUACAACUGAGCAGGAAAUAUUGUACUUGUCCUUGUACACCCUCAGAAACACCAAAAGAUACUCAACUUUCAAUACUUGAUAAUGGAGUUCGCGUGGCUACUGAAGCAUCGAGCUCAUCGAUGGCAUGUAUAUCUCUGUUUAUUGAAGCUGGUCCGCGAUUUGAAACCACUUGUAACAAUGGCAUCACACACUUUAUGGAACGCAUGUCGUUCAAAGGAUUUAAAGGCAUGACGAAAAGCAAACUCAACGAAUAUCUACGAGGCAUGGGUGCAAAAAUGUCCUCAAAAACUUCUAGAGAAAUACAAACAUUCUCAGCUAAAUGUAUUCCAGAAGCCGUACAUGAUGUUGUGGGUUAUUUAGGUAGCAUAAUCACAGAUUUGGAACUUUCGGAAUGUGAAAUUGAGAAUGAAAAACGCAACAUGGAACAAGAGAUAAUCGACGCAGAGAAUGAUCCUAAACAAGUUCUGUUUGAUUACCUACACCAAAGUGCAUUUCAAGGCACCCCACUGGCGCAACGCGUAAUUGGACCUACUGCCAAUAUUUCACGAUUUGAUAAAUGUUUACUUACUUCUUUUAUGUCGGAUCAUUAUCAACCGUACAAAUUGGCGCUUGUCAGUGUAGGCAAUGUUGACCACGAUAGUAUGGUAAGUUACGCCAAAGCUAAGUUUGGCCAUAUGGUUGGAGACCCUUGUUGCACGUCAGAAGAAGGCCCGUGUCGUUUUACAGGUUCUCAGGUAGUAUUUAGGGAUGACUCUAUGCCCUAUGCUCAUGUUGCGGUUGCUCUCGAAGCUCCUGGCUACGGUAGUUCCGAUUACCUAGCGUUGAUGGCUGCUAAGACUAUGAUUGGAAGUUGGAGUAAGGGUCAGGGUGGAAAAGACAAUAAUGCUUUGCCUUUAGCGAGAGCUGGUUCAGUUGAUGAUCUUUGUGAAUUUUAUGAGGCAUUCUAUAUUCCAUAUCGUGACGUAGGUUUAUGGGGUAUCUAUUUUGUGUCGAAGAAAAUGGACGUCGAUGACAUGCUGUAUAAUGUGCAAAAUGCAUGGAUGGAAAUGUGCGUCUCAAUCCAGUAUCAUGAUGGAGAGCGAGCAGUGAACGCGCUGAAGCUAGAAAUGGCUCGAAAGUUCGACGGUGCCUUUCGUUCGUGCUACGACCUCGGUUUCCAAACAAUGUAUUCGUGCGGCCGACAAGGCAUUAACGACAUUUAUUUUAAUCUGAAAGGAAUAAACUAUUUAAACAUCAAAGCUGCUAUGGAGAAAUGGAUAUAUGACAGAUGCCCUGCUGUAGCUGCCGUUGGUCCUACAGAGUGUUUGCCUGAUUAUACUAGGAUAAGAGCUGGUCAGUAUUGGCUCAGAUUAUAGGUAAUAUUCAUUUAUUAUUUUGUUAUAAUAAAUUUACUAUUGUUUAUAUUUUUGGAUUCUUUAUUUGAAUAAACAUCAUGUAAAAUAAUGUACUUUUUAUACUUACAGAAAAUAUCCAAGACACAACACAGUGUCAAAAACAUAAUAAUGAAAACAUAACAUAACAUUCAUAUAUAAUACAUUAAAUUUAAAAUGAAAUUAAUUGAUAACGUGUCAUACAGUAUAUACAUAUAUAUCACAUUAAUACACACAUAAUCGCCCGGCGCUUGCGCUGACGUCCGGUCGUGUGUGCGUGAGUCGUUGCUAUAAACAAUGGCUUCUAAUGUCGUGAAAUGUACAAGUUGCAAUUUGGUGAUAAAUGAAGUUUUAGCUUUCAUUUGUAAUAAAAUAGAUGUGAUGGACGAACCGGGUAUCACCCAAAUAUGUGUUAGUGCUUUUUCGGAGAGUGAAAUAUUGGAUGCCAAAAACUUGCUAUUUGAAUCCAUAACGACCUCGAAGCGCAAAAAGAUAAGAAAACGUCUUGGAAAAACGCAGCGAGAUAUUGAUGACAUUGUCUGCUUAUUGAAGGAGACGGACCCUGAAGAAAUUCCGGUGUUUGUGGCGCGAGAUCUGCAGAAGU